GAGUGGUGCGGUAUGAAGACGACGUGAGGCUCUCCCUUCACAUGUUAAUUGUUCUGCGUCGACGACCCGCCUGGCAAAACUCCCCAAGGGAGCCUUGCGCUGUUUUUUACGUAAUCGGUUUUGUUGUCCUCUCCAUGUCUGAAUGGACCAGUCUGGCACGCUGGUCCUCCUCCUGUUCGUCCCGUUGCUAUGGGUCGUAUGGCUUGCGAUGAUAAUAUCCAAACCUGCCAUCAUCUUCCACACCUCCCAAGCAUUCUUCAACUUCAUCUCCAUGGCUUGCUUCGCCAGUGUAGCCAGCUUCCAGGCAAAAUGGGGCAUUGGUCCAUCUGGACUUUCUGGUUUCGCCAUCUUCGUAUCCGUUUCUGGAAUAUUUCUCUCGCUUUUCAUGCUAUUCGUUCCCGUCGUAUACGAAAAAUACGACAAGCUCGUUAAGUUGGCUACAGCACUCAAGGAAGUUCGCGUGGGGUUCAUCCUCACCGGCGUCGGAUGUACUUUCAGUCUACUCAUUGCAUUCGUAACAACUAUAUCUGCGUGGACGGAAGCCGGCUGUAAGAACGCCAGCAACGAUCCACACGCGAGUCUCGGUGACGAUUUUGUUACCGCUUUACCUGGUUGGUGCAGCACGAAAAAGGCGGGAUGCAUUUUUUUCUGGCUGGCAUUCGGCUUCUGGCUCGCAUCCCUCGUCCUCCUGAUUAUUGACUGGAGAUCUGGUAAUCUUACACAACGCCCAAAGGACCCUCCAUUUACGCGACCCGAUGUUGAAGAAGUCGAAGAAGAAGAAGACGAACCAGAACACACUGCCUAUCGACCGGUUGGAUCGGUUGCACCACUGCCCGCCGCAGCCGUUUCCCAAACUACCACGGCUAUCCCGCCCGUUGCCACGGCAGUACCUCGCCGGUCCACUUAUGAUGAUUCCAACGCCGCCAACUCUCCCUUCGACGACUCAAACCGAUUUUCCGGUGUAUCUGCGACUACCACUGCUCCUAUGAGCAGUGGUUAUUCGAGUGGUGCUUACCGAGACAGCGGAUAUAGCGGUUAUGCGACACCCCCCGCCGCAACCUCUCGCCACUCCUUGGAUGUGUAUGGCGCGUUCUCAGACCCUGCACCAACCGGCUUUGGUGGAGUUUCGAGUUCAUUUACCACUACUUCGACUGCGGAUGCAAAUGCCCCACGAGUCAGCCGGACGAUGCAGUAUGCUGACCCGUAUGCAGCCGUGCGCGCAUCCCUUACUUCCGGCGGUACUUCGGGUCCACCCCCUUCCUAUACAUCGUACACGGGUUAUUGAUGACUGUAUACAUUCACUCUCCUGCUACUGUCUUAACGCAAUGCUUUGUGCAUCGGGACUUCACUUUUCGACCGUCACCCACACACGUUUUAGUUACCCGUGGAUCAACCUUGCAAGCGACUGAAGAUUUUCCAUACCCUUUUGCUUUCGUUGCUCGGCAGGUGUCAUCUCAUGUUGACAUAGCUUGGUGUGAUUUGACUGCACAGUAUACUAACACCUUUUCUGUACGUUACUACUCUGCACUGCGUCUAAUUUAUUUGGACAAUCUUUUAUCAGACACGGUCAAUAGUAGGG